AUGUCUUUCUUGGCUGAAAAAGACCUCGAAAUUGAAAAUUCGAAAAAACAACACAAGAAAACCCUAAAGAACAGUAAAGAUCCAGAGGAACCUAAAGAACCCAAUGAACAAUUAUCAGAACAACCACUACCCGAAAAACCAUCGGAGCGGGAAAUCUCAAACCAAUUAAUCCAGUCUCAUUCUUCAAAACCAAACAACAGCAACACGAAUGUAUUUCUAGUACCGCAAGCACCGCGUCUGCCCAAAACACUAGCCGAAAAAGAGACCACGCGACGACUCAUUGUGAUAUUAGAGCAAGCAUGUCUAGAAACAUAUAAAUCCCAUAAAAGUAAAAAUUACGAAUUAUUGAAUUGUGAUGAGCACGUUACGGUGUUGCAGAAAAUGGGUAGAACGUAUUCUGACGCUAGACCGGAUAUCACACAUCAGUGUCUAAUGCAAUUGUUGGAUAGCCCACUAAACAAAGCCGGACUGUUGCAGGUUUAUAUUCAUACCGCGAGGAAUGCAUUAAUAGAAGUAAAUCCUCAUGUGAGAAUACCGAGAACUUUUAAACGAUUUUGUGGAUUAAUGGUGCAAUUACUACAUAAACUCAGUAUUAGUUCAACAAAAGGCAGCGAGAAACUCCUACGAGUCAUAAAAAACCCUGUCACACAAUAUCUGCCAACAAAUUGUCACAAAAUAACGCUUUCAUACGAUGCAAAAACGGUACGUCUUAGGGAUUAUUUACCCACCAUACCAUCCGACUACUCGAUCUGUGUCGCGAUUGGCGCAAUGCCUCACGGUGAAGACAAUUUCGCAGACAGUUGGGUGGAUGAAAAAAUUAGCAUAUCUGAGUACGCGUUGUCUGCUGCGGUGGCCUGUUCUAAAUUUUGUUGUGCUUUAGAGGAUUUUUGGGAUGUUUUAUGA